AUGUGCUUCAGAGACAUCUCUAGUUGGUUUUCGAGUUGCUCGAGCUCCCUCGUGUUUAAAGAGUCCAGAUCUUCUCCAAGAAGGGUUCUGCAGCAGGAGGCGGUAUCUUAA